GUUAACCCGGAAGUGGACUUGUAGGAAGCAGCUGCUUGACACAUUUCCCACAGUUUGUGUCUUUAAAACUGAUCCAAAUCUUCUCGCUUCUUCCUCCUGUCGCGUGAAGCGGAUCCUCAUCUAUCCCAGGAAGACGAGGAGAAAUAGCCAGCCAGCAUGUUCCUCACCCUCACCCUGCUGCGGAAAGGCAUCUCCGGGAAGCAGUGGAUCGGAAAGUACCGGCGGCCGCGGCAGAUCACGUGGCAGAUGAAACGCAACACACUGAAGCGCCUGGAUAUCGAGGCUGAGAACGAGUACUGGAUCAGCCGGCCGUACAUGAGUCCACAGGAGGAGUACGGCCACGCCGCCGAGCGCAGAGCCCAGAACUGGCUCAAGAUUAAGGACGCCAAAUUCACCAAAUUCCCAGAACACAAGCGCAUAACGGAUCACCUGAGUCAUCUCAACAUCACCAAGACGUGGUCGAGUUAAUGCAAAACGAUGAAACUACACACAAAGACUGUCCUUAUGUGACAAUACAACCUGUUAACGUGUGAGGGGGAGCUCUGCUUUGUUUUCAAUGUGAAGGGGACUCAGAAUUUCGGCUGAACGGCUGCCGUGAAAAAGUGUCAAGACUUCGAUGACCUGUUUUUAACUCCGUAACACAAAUCUGCAAACAGUUUGUGGUUUUUCUGAUGGAGGAAGCUUCUCAAGCUGUUUUCAGGAAUGAACUCCAAACAUUUUCUGGAAAAUUGGAUCUGGACAUUUUACGCAGCAGGAAAUUGUUCUGUUCAGACGCGUUCACAUCAACGGGAAAAUGUCGGGAACAUUCAGGGGAAGUUUUGCCCUCAUCAAGUUCUUGCUGUAUUCUCACCUCGGUUCACUUGGAUCUUUUUGUGGACAUUUCACGAGCUGGCAGGAGAAAAAACCUUGAAAAUAUCUGCAGCAACUGACUUAAACAAAGUAUUAGGCAAAAUGAUUUACACAGGGUUAAUCUUACAUUCUGCUGUAUUUCACCUAAUUGUGUGUAUUUAAAAGGUUCAGACUGUCGGUAACAAAAAUAAGAAAUAAAUCUGAGACUUAA